ACCUUCUACGCGGAGCUAGACCGGAGUUAAAGGGCAUCAUCGGGUUGGUUCUAAUCGGUUCUCCGCCCCACCUUCGACUUUUCUUCGGAGCCACCAGCGCACUGGCCAUUAUUCAUUACAUCAGCCAUCGAGAGUAAAGCAGAUUAGGCCGGCGUCAUCGUUCGCAACUCUUCUUCUCUCCUACUGGAUUUCAUCCAUCUUCCGGCAACUUCCUUUGUCGCUCCUAAUUUCUGCUCUUUUUCUCGUCGAGCGCAGCCAUGUCGUUCACCAUCACUCUCCGUCGAGGACCUGCGCGCCUGGCGCCGAGGUUGCCAGAGCUCGCGAAAUCCUCCUUCCGAACACCCGCCCGAGCAUUCCAUCAGUCCUCAGCCAGAUCGUCCAAGUUCUUCACGCCGCGGACGGUCUUCACACCGACCCUCCUGCGUGCCACAUUCCGAAGCGCUCUCGUACAGCCGUCGAGAACCUAUAUCCAGCCAUCCGCUCCUUCCGUAGCCGACUCUGGCUCGAACCUGCGCAAGCUACUGACGGCUGGUGCAAUUUUCGGCGGUACUCUCGUCGCCAUCAACGCCGUCUUCAACCGCGAGACCCGAGAGGAUGGCGGCAUGCCAUACUUUGAGCGAUACUACCUAAACUCUACUUUCCUCCACACGGGCCUCGGCAUCGGCAUAAUCGGCCUCACGGCACGGCAGAUGGUCCAGACCGGUUUCGUCUAUAGGUUGAUGGUAACAAACCCGUGGGUUGUGGCUAUUGGUGGGUUAGCCCUCAGCUUUGGUACUAUGCUGGGGACUCGGGCCAUCGACCCCGACAACUACGUGCCCAAGUACGCCCUCUGGGCCGCCUUCAACGCCACCCAGGCUGCCUUCGUUGCCCCUCUCAUCGCCGUCGUUCCCGGCGCGCUGAUCGCUCGUGCCGGUCUCUACACCGUCGCCAUGAUGGGGUCCAUCUCCUUCGUCGGCGCCACUGCGAAGCAGGAGAAGUACAUGUACAUCGGUGGUCCACUCCUAGCCGGUGCCGCCAUCGUUGCCGUCUCCGGCCUCGCCCCUCUCGUCAUCCCCGCCACGGCUGUCCGGACGUUGGCGUUCACGGAAAACAUCUGGCUGUACGGUGGGCUAGCGGUCUUCGGAGGGUUCACGCUAUACGACGUCCAGAAGGUCCUUUACCACGCGCGCCUAGCUGAGCAGGGUAUCAUCAAGAAGGACCCAGUGAACGAGAGCAUAUCCCUCGAGCUCGACUUCCUGAACAUCUUCAUCCGCAUGGUCCAGAUCUUGAUGCUGCAACAGAGCCGCAGGAAGUGAAGGAGGAGAAUACUUUGGGGAGGUCUAUGAGGUCGAAAGAGGUGUUACAAAGGAGAAAUGCUAUCCGGUGGGGGGAGUUAAGAUCAAGGCUUAUUAAGAAACGGGCUGUUACAAACAUGACUAGGUUGCUGGGCAUCGAUCGAUUCGAGGCGUCGGA